UAUACACUAUAUUGCCAAAAGUAUUUGGCCACCUUCCUUGACUCACAUAUGAACUUGAAGUGCCAUCCCAUGGAAUUGUCCAACAUCUUUUGGUAUCCUGGAGCAUUCAAAGUUCCUUUCACUGAAACUAAAUGGCCGAGCCGAACUCCUGAAAAACCAAUACCACACCAUAAUUCCUCCUCCACCAAAUUUCACACAGUCUGAAAUGGAGCGUUCUCCUGGCAACCUCCAAAGCCAGACUGGUCCAUCAGAUUGCCAGAUGGAAAAGUGUGAUUCAUCAGUCCAGAGAAGGCGUCGCCACUCCUCCAGAGUCCAGUGGCGACGUGCUUUACACCAGUGGUUCUCAAAUGGGGGUACUUGAAGGUAUGCCAAAGGGUAGGCGAUAUAUAUAUUUUUUAAUAUUCUAAAAAUAGCAACAAUUCAAAAAUCAUUUUUAAAUAUAUUUAUUGAAUAAUACUUCAACAAAAUAUGAAUGUAAGUUCAUAAACUGUGAAAAGAAAUGCAACAAUGCAAUAUUCAGUGUUGACAGCUAGACAUGUUCCAUAAAUAUUGAUGUUAAAGAUUUCUGUUUUUGUGAAGAAAUGUUUAGAAGUAAGUUGAUGAAUCCAGAUGGAUCUCUAUUACAAUCCCCAAAGAGGGCACUUUAAGUUGAUUACUUCUAUGUGAAGAAAUCUUUAUUCAUAAUCGAAUCACUUGUUUAUUUUUCAACAAGUUUUUAGUUAUUUUUAUAUCUUUUUUCCCAAAAUGUUGAAGAAAGACCACUACAAAUGAGCAAUAUUUUGCACUGUUAUACAAUUUAAUAAAUCAGAAACUGAUGACAUAGUGCUGUAUUUUACUUCUUUAUCUCUUUUUUACAACCAAAAAUGCUUUGUUCUGAUUAGGGGGUACUUGAAUUAAUAAAAUGUUCACAGGGGGUACAUCAAUCAAUCAAUGUUUAUUUAGGGACGGCGUGGCGCAGUGGAAGAGUGGCCGUGCGCAACCCGAGGGUCACUGGUUCAAAUCCCACCUAGAACCAACCUCGUCACGUCCGUUGUGUCCUGAGCAAGACACUUCACCCUUGCUCCUGAUGGGUGCUGGUUGGCGCCUUGCAUGGCAGCUCCCUCCAUCAGUGUGUGAAUGUGUGUGUGAAUGUGGAAGUAGUGUCAAAGCGCUUUGAGUACCUUGAAGGUAGAAAAGUGCUAUACAAGUACAACCCAUUUAUCAUUUAUAUAGCCCCAAGUCACAAAUGUCUCAAAGGACUGCACAAAUCAUUACGACUACAACAUCCUCGGAAGAACCCACAAAAGGGCAAGGAAAACUCACACCCAGUGGGCAGGGAGAAUUCACAUCUAGUGGGACGCCAGUGACAAUGCUGACUAUGAGAAACCUUGGAGAGGAUCUCAGAUGUGGGCAACCCCCCCCCUCUAGGGGACCGAAAGCAAUGGAUGUGGAGCGGGUCUAACAUGAUACUGUGAAAGUUCAAUCCAUAGUGGCUCCAACACAGCCGCGAGAGUUCAGUUCAAGCAGAUCCAAGACAGCAGCGAGAGUCCCAUCCACAGGAAACCAUCUCAAGCGGAGUCGGAUCAUUAGCGUAGAGAUGUCCCCAACCGAUACACAGGCGAGCGGUCCAUACUGGGUCUCGACUCUGGACAGCCAGUACUUCAUCCAUGGUCAUCGGACCGGACCCCCUCCACAAGGGAGGGGGGGACAUAGGAGAAAAAAGAAAAGAAGCGGCAGAUCAACUGGUCUAAAAAGGGAGUCUAUUUAAAGGCUAGAGUAUACAGAUGAGUUUUAAGGUGAGACUUAAAUGCUUCUACUGAGGUAGCAUCUCCAACUGUUACCGGGAGGGCAUUCCAGAGUACUGGAGCCCGAACGGAAAACGCUCUAUAGCCUGCAGACUUUUUUUGGGCUUUAGGAAUCACUAAUAAGCCGGAGUCUUUUGAACGCAGAUUUCUUGCCGGGACAUAUGGUACAAUACAAUCGGCAAGAUAGGAUGGAGCUAGACCGUGUAGUAUUUUAUACGUAAGUAGUAAAACCUUAAAGUCACAUCUUAAGUGCACAGGAAGCCAGUGCAGGUGAGCCAGUACAGGCGUAAUAUGAUUAAAAAAAACAUCACUGAAAAAAGGUUGAGAAGCACUACAUCCCACGCUUUGCAUUGGACUUGCUGAUGUUUGGAGCUCUGUAGUAACUGACUGUGCAGAAAGUCUUUCCCAAACUCUUCACUUUUCUUAGAAAUAAAGUUGACUUUGGAAUAUUUAGGAGCAGGGAAAUUUCAGGACUGGAUUUGUUGCACAGGUAGCAUCCUAUGACAGUUCCACGCUGGAAAUGACUAAGAGCGGCCCAUUCUUUCACAAAUGUUUGUAGAUACAGUCUCCAUGCCUAAGUGCCUGAUUUGAUACACUGGGCCAAGUGAUUAGCACACCUGAUUCUCAUCAUUUAGAAAGGUGGCCAAAUACUUUUGGCAAUAUAGUGUAGAUUCACCCGCUCACAAAGUUAGUCGCACUUACAGAUCAAUUCAGCCUCUGCAUAAAUCAACUGUUUCUAGCAGCCUUUAUCAGUAUCAUUAUGCAUACACCAAGAUUACAUGAAAAUAAUAUACUUUAUCCUACUUUUUUUUUGUGCUUUCUCAUAUCAUAAAACUCCGCCCCCUCUGUCUUGUCACUUUACUUCAUAUCUAAGUACAUCCACUUCAGGCCACGUCACCACAUAGCCAGACUGCAAAACCCCAGGAAAUAAAGCCUCCAAAAGUGCAUGAAAGCUCACGCCAUAAAGCAUGAGCUUUAAGAUUGAACACGUGUUCAACUCCAGUUUCCAACGUCGUAACAACAUCUAAGUCAGGAAAAAAAUGAAUUCCUUAUAGGUCACCUUUAUGCGAACCACGCAGGACCUCUGUAGGUGAGCUUGAGGGCACACCUUGUUGUCACAAUUUGAAAGAGGCAGGAACAAAGUGUGCACCUUCUGUCAGUGUGCUGUGAUUGACAGCUCCCUCUGUCAACCUAGCCCCGCCCCCGGCGCUCUGUCCGACACACUCCUCUCACAGAGGUGAGGUGUGUUUGUUACUGUGCUGCCCGUGUGACAUUCCAGCACGUCACAUGUCGCAGGGUGGUGGCGAGGGCAGCCGCUCUGGCAACGCGCGCACACCAAGAAAUCAAACAUGUUAUUUUACAUUUGUGCCGUAAUGUCCUGUCCAGUUGUUUUCUCCUGACUUGAAACAUCUGCCGUUACUUGUCGUCAUUGGCUGCGUUUAAAUUACUCAAAUUGGGUGGUGUGGCGCAGUGGAAGAGUGGCCGUUCGCAACCCGAGGGUCCCUGGUUCAAUCCCCACCUACUACCAACCUUGUCACCCUUGCUCCUGAUGGGUGCUGGUUAGCGCCUUGCAUGGCAGCUCCCUCCAUCAGUGUGUGAAUGGGUAAAUGUGAAGUGAAUUAUAUUUAUAUAGCGCUUUUUCUCUAGUGACUCAAAGCGCUUUACAUGGUCAAACCCAAUAUCUAAGUUACAUUUAAACCAGUGUGGGUGGCACUGGGAGCAGGUGGGUAAAGUGUCUUGCCCAAGCACACAACGGCAGUGACUAGGAUGGUGGAAGCGGGAAUCGAACCUGCAACCCUCAAGUUGCUGGCACGGCCACUCUACCAACCGAGCUAAACUGUGGAAGUAGUGUCAAAGCACUUUGAGUACCUUGAAGCUAGAAAAGCGCUAUACAAAUAUAUUUAUCAUUUAUUUAAAUUGUAAAAUUCACACAAAGGUCAAGUUAAAGUAGCAAUGAUUGUCACACACACACACACACACACACACACACACACACACACACACACACACACACACACACACACACACACACACACACACACACACACACAAAAGCAAGCUGUGGCGAAAUGAUUCCCUGCAUUUGACCCAUCACCCUUGAUCACGCCCUGGGAGGUGAGGGGAGCAGUGAGCAGCAGCAUGGGCCGCACUCAGGAAUCAUUUUUGGUGAUUUAACCCCCAAUUCCAAGCCUUGAUGCUGAGAGCCAAGCAGGGAGGUAAUGGCUCCCAUUUUUAUAGUCUUUGGUAUGACCCGUCCGGUGUGUCUGUGUGUGUGUGUGUGUGUGUGUGUGGGUGUGUGUGGUACAUGAGCUCCGAAAUGUGUGUUGAUGUUCUUGACAGUGUCCACAUUGACAAGCAACCUCACUACUAGAAACUUCUAACAAGACCUAAAUGACAUUUGUCUUUGGAAAUCAGUUUUUACCAAUAUUUCAGAAUUUGCAUGAGUUUAUGUUGAAAGAGUACACCAUAGCUUUGAAACCUUGUUAAUUCAUGAGGUCUGCCUAGAACAGGGGUCGGCAACUCCUAGUGGCUCUCUGGAGCUUUUUCAAAAAUGUAUGAAAAAUAUAAGGGGAAAAAAUAUUUUAAAAAUAUGUUUUUGGUUUUAUUAUUGUUUCUGUAGGAGGACAAACAUGACACAAACCUCCCUAAUUGUUAUAAAACACACUGUUUUUAUUAAACAUGCUUCACUGGUUCGAGUUUUUGGCGAGCGCCGUUUUGUCCUACUAAUUUUGGCGGUCCUUGAACUCACCGUGGUUUGUUUACAUGUAUAACUUUCUCCGACUUUCUAGGACGUGUUUUAUGCCACUUCUUUUUCUGUCUCAUUUGGUCCACCAAACUUAUAACGUUGUGCAUGAAUGCACAAAGAUUGAUCCCAAGGUGGCAUUCCCUCGCAGGGCUCAACCCAAGUUAGUGACUCGCACCAAGAAGAUCUUCGUGGGAGGCCUGUCAGUCAACACCACCAUCGAAGACGUCAAGCAAUACUUUGACCAGUUUGGAAAGGUAGACGACGCCAUGCUCAUGUUCGACAAGACCACCAACAGACAUCGAGGGUUCGGCUUUGUGACCUUCGAGAACGAGGAUGUGGUGGAGAAGGUCUGCGAGAUCCAUUUCCACGAGAUUAACAACAAAAUGGUGGAAUGCAAGAAAGCCCAACCCAAGGAGGUGAUGUCACCGACCGGCUCAGCCAGGGGGCGCUCUCGGGUGAUGCCCUAUGGAAUGGAUGCGUUCAUGCUGGGGAUCGGUAUGCUGGGCUAUCCCAGCUUCCAGACUGCCACCUACACCAGUCGGAGCUACGCAGGCAUCACCCCCGGAUAUACCUACCAGUUUCCUGAGUUCCACUUAGAGAGGACCCCCCUUCUGACUUCACCCCACCCCCCUGAGCUCACAGCCAUUCCCCUCACGGCGUACGGACCAAUGGCGGCAGCAGCGGCCGCAGCAGCCGUAGUCCGAGGCUCCGCACCAGGUCGCACAGCCGGCUUCUUGGGAACCAGCAGCCCGGGUCCCAUGGCAGACCUUUAUGGAACAGCUGCUCAGGAGUCAGCGGUCAGCAGUUACCUGAGUGCUGCAAGUCCUGCACCCAGCACAGCAUUCACUCACAGUCUCGGGGGCCCUUUGAUCGCCACGGCCUUCACUAACGGCUACCACUGAGGACGUGAGGACAUUGUCUGCUUUUUUAGAUCAUGGAAGCAGUCGCUUUAAUAGCAGCUGCAAACUAAUGCAUCCUGUUUGUGUGUCGGUGCAGAUGUGUGUGUGGACGCAGAGAUGCAGGGAGUUGAAGCUGGUUGACAGCUGAUCUAGUCGGUCUCUGGCCACCUGCACACACACACACACACACACACACACACACACACACACACACACUGACAUCAACCUCACCUCAGUAAAAUCUCCCUUUAAAAAAAAUGGCAUAUUUUUUCGUAAAAGCCAGCAAAAAGAACACAAACAAACACACACACACACACACACACACACUGACAUCAACCUCACCUCAGUAAAAUCUCCCUUUAAAAAAAAAAUGGCAUAUUUUUUCGUAAAAGCCAGCAAAAAGAACACAAACAAACACACACACACACACACACACACACACACACCUGCACACACACACACACACACACACACACACUGACAUCAACCUCACCUCAGUAAAAUCUCCCUUUAAAAAAAAAUGGCAUAUUUUUUCGUAAAAGCCAGCAAAAAGAACACAAACAAACACACACACACACACACACACACACACACACCUGCACACACACACACACACACACACACACACUGACAUCAACCUCACCUCAGUAAAAUCUCCCUUUAAAAAAAAGGCAUAUUUUUUCGUAAAAGCCAGCAAAAAGAACACAAACAAACACACACACACACACACACACACCUGCACACACACACACACACACACACACACACACACACACUGACAUCAACAUCACCUCAGUAAAAUCUCCCUUUAAAAAAAAAUGGCAUAUUUUUUUGUAAAAGCCAGCAAAAAGAACACAAACAAACACACACACACACACACACACACACACACACACACACACACACACACACACACUGACAUCAACAUCACCUCAGUAAAAUCUCCCUUUAAAAAAAAAUGGCAUAUUUUUUUGUAAAAGCCAGCAAAAAGAACACAAACAAACACACACACACACACACACACACUGACAUCAACAUCACCUCAGUAAAAUCUCCCUUUAAAAAAAAAUGGCAUAGCAAAAAGAACAAACACACACACACACACACACACGCACACACACACACAGAUGCUGUAAUUUUAUUGUUAUUUUUAUCCUGUUCUGUUUGGCGUUUUGAGCGAUGGCUGCAUUCUUGGCGACUAGGUUCCCUGACCUCUGACCCCAACUCCUCCCCUAAAGAUCUGCCGGUGAGGAGAACUCGACUGAAAAAAGUGUUCAUAAUGAAUUUUAACACAUGGUUUGUGAUCAAUUCUGUUUCUUGAAAAUGUGUCACAAAGUGUAUCUCUUGGUAGGUUUUUUUUAACACAAUUGCGUGACUUUUAAAACAAAAGGCAGAAGCAGUGAAGUUGUCACCUUGUGUAAAAGCUAAAUAAAAAGAGACUACAAGAAAUCCUUUUCAACUUAUCUUCAAUUAAAUAGACUGCAAAGACAAGAUAUUUCAUCUUCACACUGAGACUCUUUAUUUUUUUUUGGCAAGUAAUCAUAAACUUAGAAUGUAAUGGCAGCAACACAUUGCAAACAAUGCAUUUUUACCAGUGUGUUACAUGGCCUUUCCUUUGAACAACACUCAGUGCAGGUUUGGGAACUGAGGAGACACAUUUUUGAAGUGGAAUUCUUUCCCAUUCUUGCUUGAUGUCCAGCUUAAGUUGUUCUGCCUCAUAUUUUAGCCUGCACACAUUUUCAAUGUCUGGACUACAGGCAGGCCAGUCUAGUACCUGCAAUCUUUAACUAUGAAGCCACGCUGUUGUAACACGUGGCUCGGCAUUGUCUUGCUGAAAUAAGCAGGGGCGUCCAUGAUGACGUUGCUUGGAUGGCAACAUAUGUCAACAUUAAUGGUGCCUUCACAGAUGUGUAAGUUAGCCAUGCCUUGGCCACUAAUACACCCCCAUACCAUCACACAUGCUGACCUUUGAACUUUGCACCUAAAACAAUCUGGAUGGUUAUUAUUCUCUUUGGUCAGGAGGACACGACGUACACAGUUUCCCCAAAAAAAUUGAAAUGUGGACUCGUCAGACCACAGAACACUUUUCCACUUUGCAUCAGUCCAUCUUAGAUGAGCUUGGCCCAGUGAAGCCGGCGGUGUUUCUGGGUGUUGUUGAUAAAUGGCUUUGGCUUUGCAUUGUAGAGCUUUAACUUGCAUUUACAGAUGUAGCGACCAACUGUAGUUACUGACGGUGGUUUUCUGAAGUGUUCCUGAGCCCGGGUGGUGAUAUCCUUUACACACGGAAGUCGGUUUUUGAUGCAGUACAACCUGAGGGACGUAGGUCAUGUUGGUCUUCGUCCUUGCUGCUUACGUGCAGUGAUUUCUCCACAUUCUCUCAACCUUUUGAUGAUAUUACAGUGUAGAUGGUGAAAUCCCUAAAUUCCUUGCAAUAGCUGCUUGAGAAACGUUGUUCUUCAACAAUUUGCUCAGGCAUUUGUUGACAAAGUGGUGACCCUCGCCCCGUCCUUGUUUGUGAAUGAGUGAGCAUUUCAUGGAAGCUGCUUUUAUAGCCAAUCAUGGCACCCACCUGUUCCCAAUUAGCCUGUUCACCUGUGGGAUGUUCCAAAUAAGUCUUUGAUGAGCAUUCACCAACUUUCUCACUCUUUUUUGCCAUGUGUGCCAGCUUUUUUGAAACAUGCUGCAGGCAUCAAAUUCCAAAUGAGCUAAUAUUUGCAAAAAAUAAAGUUUCUCAGUGUGAAGAUGAAAUAUCUUGUCUUUGCAGUUUAUUUAAUUGAAUAUAAGUUGAAAAGGAUUUGUUGUAGUCUCUUUUUAUUUAGCUUUUACACAAGGUGACAACUUCACUGCUUUUGUACUUUUGUAAAAGAAAAGGAGGUUCAUUGGUCUCAGUUCCAUGGUCGGCCUACGUGAGCUACACAAUGUUGUAAAAUACUGUAAAUAUGACUUUUGUUUGGGGGUGAAGGAAGAGCUACUUAGAAAAGUGCAACAUUUGCUUCUUGACCUCAAUCCUGGCAUCGGACACGUGACACAUCAUAGUUGGAACACGCGUCCGUCACUCUAGACCCGACAUACUUUUGCUUUCUAUUUCUCUGUCAUUUCACUGAAGAUCUCAGCAAGGAGAGAACUCUCUAUUUGUAUUUGAUUGUUUUGGGUGGGGGGGGGGGGGGGGGGGGGGGGGUACAGGCAUGGUAAAAUGCUCUCUUCAUGGGUGUUUUGCUACAUUGUCAUAUUGUUAAAACUGUGAUUUUUAAGAUGUGAAUAUUGUCUAUGGAGGAACAUGAAGGACUAAUCUGUUAAGCGGCUCACACACACACACACACACACACACACACACACACAUACACGGCCGCUUUCUGCGGGUUGUGUGUCUGCGUGUGGCAUUAUUUCCCAAGCAUGUUUUUUUUUUAUUGUUAUAUUUUUGGGGGUUGGGUACCUCCAUGCAAAUGUGAAAAUCGAACUUUUUAAUAAUACAUUAACAUUUUUACUGGAAAGGUGGAAGAGUCACAUCCAUCUCUGCAUAUCACAGCUAUGUUUACAGCAAAAUUGAAAGUGAACAGAAUGUUGCACUGGCUGACCAAUAUCAAGUAAAUUGGUGGAAUAAUAAAGCACUCUCAAUCUCCAGCUUAUUUACCUGCAGACUUAAAGACAGGUCGUUUGUACUUUGAUGCUGGAAAUAUAAUACUCUUGUCAACACUGUAACCUGAAUUUCAUUAUUCUGUCAUGUUGUUUCUUUUGAGGAAAAAAAAAACUUUUUAAAAUUCCUAAUAAAUUAUUCAAAAACA